AUGUAUUUUUGUGGACACUUCACAGCCAUGAUAUGGAAGAAUACCAAGAAGAUAGGCGUGGGGAAGGCAUCUGCGAGUGACGGGUCCUCCUUUGUGGUGGCCAGAUACUUUCCAGCAGGGAAUAUUGUCAACCAGGGCUUCUUUGAAGAGAAUGUCCCACCUCCAAAGAAGUAA